UCCCACCGACCAGCACAAAUCGCCCGUCGUUAUCUCUCGCAGAACUCAACGCGUCAAGAACUUAUUACGAUUACGAUCGAGAGCUCGCGACCGCUUCUUGUACCUCUCCAUCUUCCUUGCUGAGCAACAAUGGUUAGGGCGUUGGACGGUCCUACUGCGGGCGAUGGCUUCGGCUUCAUGCCCACCGCUCACGCUGCCUCUUGGUGGGUCCUCGUCGCCUUCGCCUUCGCCGCGGCCUUGGCCGUCGUGGCGAUCGCCGUGUUCGGCUGCGCCGACGGGCCUGAAGACAGACGAAGAAAGAAGAAAGAUGAGAAGAAGCGCCGCCGGGAAGGUGGUGAUGGCGGCGGCGAUGACGGUGGUGACGCUGGCGGCGGUGACCAGCCUAGCUCAGACGCACACGGCGGCGGGCAUCACCACCAUGGACAUGGCGGAGACCACGGCGGCGGGCACCACCAUCACCACGGACAUGGCGGAGACCACGGUGGAGGCGGGCAUCACCAUGGUGGAGACCAUGGCGGCGGCGGCCACUUCGGCGGUGACCAUGGAGCAAGCAGUGGCUUCGGCGGUGGGUUCUGACCGUGCCACACUGCCACUAUAUGAACAAGAUAUAUCAUAUUAUGAAGAUCGAUUGUGAAAACUACUAGCUAAUUCCUCGAGUUUGUCCGGUUGAUUAAUUACUUGUCCUUUUAUUUUACAGUCUCGGGUGUAUAUAUGGUCAGUUUGUUGAACGCAUUUUGCACUUUUAUUGACGAUGUAACAAUAAACUAAGCGUGGAUUAUAAAUUAAUAUUGGGACUA